AUAGAUAAGUAGAUAUGGCAGGGCAAAAUGUGAUCGGAGUCGAAAGAUCUGAGAUUUAGGGUUGAAUCCUCUGUUUUCUUUCUAUAGUUAGCAAGCUUUUCUCUUUCAGAUCUAGCUCUGUGACGGAACAAUACAAUUUAAUGGCAUCCACUUCUACUUGUAAUCCUCAGCUUGAAGAAUCUGGCCCAUCUACUUCUUCAACUUCCGGUGAUUCCUCAGUCCCUGACUUUCUCAGAUACGAGCCUCCCACAAGGAAACUUGCCUUCCACAGCAAUAAGGAGUAUCAUGUUUUUAUGAGUUUCAGGGGACCAGAUGUCAGAAAGACUCUGGUCGAUCACCUAUUUGAAGCUCUUUCUGCAGCAGGACUCAAAGUCUACAAAGAUGAUGAAAAUCUGGAAAAGGGGGAAAAGAUCUGGCCGAGCUUGGAAGGGGCAAUCAAGAGCAGUGUCAUACGCAUUCCUGUAUUUUCCAGAGGCUAUGCAGAGUCAGUAUGGUGUCUCAAGGAGGCCGCUGCAAUGUUGAGCACCCCUGAUUUGAUCAUUCCUCUUUUUUAUCAUGUGAAUCCAACCUAUGUGAGAUAUCCUCAAAAUGAGUUGAGUCCCUAUAAGGAAUCAUUUAAGAAGCAUUAUGAGCAUCCAGAUCGACACCGAAGAGGAGAGGUUGAUGAAUGGAAGCAUGCCCUUUUCCAGAUCUGUGAUCGCUCAGGCUGGUCCACGGAUUCAACUCAAGGGUACGAAGCUCGCCUGGUAAAGAUAGUGGUGAAUGAUCUGAUGAAGACAUUGGAUAGAGUGCCGUUACAUGUUGCCAAACAUCCGGUGGGAAUGGAGAGCGUCAAGAAUGCUCUCAUUCAAAAAUUAAAUCUGAAUUCAGUGGAGGAGGUGAUUAAAGUUGGAAUAUGGGGCAUUGGUGGUAUUGGCAAGACCACAGUUGCCAAAGCCCUCUACAAUCAACUUCAUAAUGCUUUUGAAGCUGCUUCUUUUAUAUUUAAUGUCCGCACCAGUUCUACAGAGCCCACAAGCCUUCCAAAAUUGCAGAAAAAAAUUAUCAAAGAUUUAACCACAUAUGAUAUAGAAGUGGACAGUGUUGAUAAAGGCAUAUCUUUGUUCACACAACAUUUGGGAGGAAAACGUGUUCUGUUGAUUUUGGAUGAUGUGGAUGCUGUUGAACAUUUGAAUGCUUUGGUUGGGGACUGGUUGUGUUCUGGAAGCAGAGUUAUAAUAACUUCUAGAGACAAACGCAUUUUCAAUGUUGCCCAGGUCUCAUCCCAAUGCAUCCACGAGAUUAGUGGAUUGGAGAUAAAUGAAAGCGUCCAAUUAUUUAGUUGGCAUGCUUUUUUGAGAGCAUCUCCAAGUCCGAGAUAUGAAGAUCUGUCCAAAAAAAUAGUGGAAGCUUGCAAGGGUCAUCCUCUUUCAUUGGAGGUGCUUGGAUCCUACUUGUAUGGGCAGAAUGACAUAGAUUGCUGGAAGGAAGCUCUUCACAACAUUACCCUUCGCCCCGAAAUUCAUGAUAGGCUUUAUAUCAGUUAUAAAGCUCUCAGUGACGAGGAAAAGGAAAUAUUCCUUGACAUUGCUUGCUUCUUUAUUGGCGAAGAAAAGACACGUCCUGUCAUUUUUUGGAAAUCCUUGUACAAGAUGGUCAACACUGCUGUUUCUAAUCUUUCAAUGAAGUUAUUGAUAAAGAUUGACGAAGAGGGUGUAUUUGAUAUGCAUGACCACUUGCAAGAUAUGGGGCGAAGUGUUGCUGAAAAAGAAGGUACCCGACAAUGGGAGGCUGCCCAUCCAAGCACGACCAUAUCCAACAACAAUUUAUCUCGCCUUCGAGUCAAUGGAGGUAAUCCACAAAGGCUUGAAAUGCUGUACAAACCUGGUCUUCGUUAUCUUCAUUUGCAGAAUCUACACAUUGAAGUCAUGACAAAAGACACACCAGUCAUGCUUCCCCCAAGUUUGAUAUGGUUAAGGAUGGAUCAUUGUCAAAUAAAGAAGCGGCGUCACUCCAUUAAGGGCAUCGCUUUGGAAUUGAAGGCAGCAAUAAAGAAGCGACGACACUCCAUUAAGGGCACCGCUUUUGAAUUGAAGACCAUGCAACUGCGAUCCUGCAAUGGCAUCAACAACCUUUCUGUCUCCUCCCUAUUUUUACUUCCUGCUAUAAAGCUGCCAUGGUGUCAAAGCUUAAAUAACCUCCCCGAUACCAUUGGCAAUUUGUCACAGCUGCAGCACUUGGACUUGCAAGGGUGUCGGAGCUUAAAUAACCUCCCCGAUACCAUUGGCAAUUUGUCACAGCUGCAGCACUUGGACUUGCAAGAGUGUCUGAGCUUAAAUAACCUCCCCGAUACCAUUGGCAAUUUGUCACAGCUGCAGCACUUGGACUUGCAAGGGUGUCUGAGCUUAAAUAACCUCCCCGAUACCAUUGGCAAUUUGUCACAGCUGCAGCACUUGGACUUGCAAUGGUGUCGGAGCUUAAAUAACCUCCCCGAUACCAUUGGCAAUUUGUCACAGCUGCAGUACUUGGACUUGCGACGGUGUCGGAGCUUAAAUAACCUCCCCGAUACCAUUGGCAAUUUGUCACAGCUGCAGCAAUUGGACUUGCAAGGGUGUUGGAGCUUAAAUAACCUCCCCGAUACCAUUGGCAAUUUGUCACAGCUGCAGCAAUUGGGCUUGCUAGGUUGUCGGAGCUUAAAUAACCUCCCCGAUACCAUUGGCAAUUUGUCACAGCUGCAGGUCUUGGACUUGCGAGCGUGUCGGAGCUUAAAUAACCUCCCCGAUACCAUUGGCAAUUUGUCACAGCUGCAGGUCUUGAACUUGCGAGUGUGUCAGAGCUUAAAUAACCUCCCCGAUACCAUUGGCAAUUUGUCACAGCUGCAGUACUUGGACUUGCGAGCGUGUCGGAGCUUAAAUAACCUCCCCGAUACCAUUGGCAAUUUGUCACAGCUGCAGCAAUUGGACUUGCUAGAGUGUCGGAGCUUAAAUAACCUCCCUGAUACCAUUGGCAAUUUGUCACAGCUGCAGGUCUUGAACUUGCGAGAGUGUCGGAGCUUAAAUAACCUGUCGGAUAUCAUUGACAACCUGUCACAGGUAAAUGUGUUACAGUAGGAUGUAUAAGUUUAAAUUGGGGAGAAUGUAAAAGUUUAAUUAUUAAUCUCCUUGACGAUAACAUAAAUCUGAGUAUUACUAUGUAAUUGAAAUUGUAUUGUUUGCACUUGUACAUUCUACAAACGAAUUGAAUUAUAUAACUAUUAAAUUUUACAAAAAGAAAAAAGUAUAUUUUAUUUAUUUUAUCUCGUUCAAUAACAAGUUACAUCCUGUUUACUAUGUUGAGAUGGAGUAUCAUAAUUCUUUACCUUCUCUGACGGAAAAUGGCGGCCACUUGUUUAAUAGAUAUUGAAAUUGAAUCAUCAUUCCAUAUAAAUAUUAAUACCAAUGAAUAGUUUCAAUCAAAUCUAACUGAUUUUUUCAUAUUGGCACACCGAAGGUGUUUCUUAUGACAGAAACCGACCUAGCUUGAGAGAUGGACGGUGUCAAAUUCUCAUUGUUAUUAAUAUGUUUUGUUCAAUUAAAGGCAGACAACACUAUAAAAUAAUUUAAGAGGUCUGCUUAUAUUUUCAUUUAUUCCCAU